UCCGCCACCAACGACCGUUGGGUGGUACAUAGUUUGAUGUUAAAAGAUGGCGGAAAACAACGUAAGUUCCGCAAUUCCAGAGAAAGAUGCAAAAUCUAGGGAAAAUUCAGUUAAAAUAAUUUGUCUUGGUGAUUCUGCUGUUGGAAAAUCAAAAUUAGUGGAGCGGUUUCUGAUGGAUGGAUAUCAACCUCAGCAGCUAUCAACCUUUGCUCUCACACUGUCUACAUACAAUACAAAGAUAAAUGGAAAGGAAGUUACUGUAGAUUUUUGGGAUACUGCGGGCCAGGAAAGAUUUAGCAAGAUGCACCCUUCAUAUUACCAUCAAGCACACUCGUGCAUACUCGUAUUUGAUGUAACUAGGAAAGUGACGUAUAAAAACCUACCAACCUGGUAUAAGGAACUUAGAGAAUAUAGACCAAGUAUACCCUGUUUAUGUGCUGCUAAUAAAAUAGAUGUCGAUUACAAAGUAACACAGAAGGCCUUCAAUUUUCCAAAGAAAUUCAAUCUACCAUUCUAUUUCGUAUCAGCAUCAGAUGGAACAAAUGUAGUUAAAAUGUUUAGAGAGGCUAUUAGGCAAGCAGUAGAUUAUAAAAAUAACUCUACAGACUUUAUGGAUGAAGUGAUGCGAGAAUUAGAGUAUUUUGAAGAUAUGAAAAUUUCUCCUGAUAGUGGUCUGGAAACGGCACCAAACUCGGAGGAUAAGGAUGAGAAGGAAAAUGAUGAGGAAGAUGAAAGCAAUGCCGGGACAAGUUCAUGACGGAAACCAUCAAAAUAUUACGACAAAACUAGAUACCUAUUAAGAAAUUUGAGUUUGAAUUCCCUAAGACUGUGACAUGUGCCUAUAUAGAGAAAUAUACAGCAGGGAGAACUCCCCUCCCCUGGUAUUUAAUCCUUGCUAGGGGAGAACCCCCUUCCCUGGUAUUUAAUCUUUGCUAGGGGAUGGGAGGCUGAAGGAGGAGGUGAGUUCAGUUCUAUAUUUGUUUGUAUUUUCACAAACAUGCAAUAUUUAUAUUGAGACAGUAAACAUUAUUCUUUAUAAAUAUAAAGUAAAAUGUUAUUGUGAAAAACCACAUGGAUUAAGCCAGGUUAUUAGUCGUUGAAGGGAUAAUGUAGAAGGAUUGAGCCUGGUUCUUAGUCGCUGAAUGGUAAUGUAAGGGAUUAAGGCAUCCUCAUCAGUGAGAGAAGAGAGAUAUUGGAUUAGCAAGGUUAGGACAGGAAUUAAGUUAGUUUAUUAUUGAUUGACUUAAAAGUCGUUCUGAUUUUGUAUUAAAUCCUUUUAAAAUCAUUGGUAUUUGAUGCUGGAAUCAGUGAAAUCAUAUUGUAUGUAUUUAUAUAUUGAAAUGAUGGUACCGAUAAUGGUUAUAAAACAAUGAUGUGACAGUAAAUUAGUUAUUGUUUAUUAAUUUAAUACCCAAUACUGACGUGUAGGUUAAUACUUAUAUUUAUUCCCGAGUUAAAAACAUGAUCUAUAUCACAGUACCAUGUGACACCACAUUCAUUUUUACAUAUCUGUGUCAUAGUAACUUUCUUGAAACCAUGGUUAUUCAGUAAUAGUUCCCAUGUGCACAGAUAUUUUUUUUAAUUGAGAUCCAAAGCUGACUAUUCAGAUACUGUACUAUUUAUUUACUCUCUUUUUAGACUCAAUGCAUUAUUAUUUAUUAUUUUCUUCUUUUGAUUGUUAUUAGUUUCUGUCCAUAUUUAUUGACUUGCUUAAUGUAUUAUGACUACAAUAAAAAUUGCUUAAAGAUGUACUGUCCCUUGCAAAAA